GCGGUCAUGGGCGACAUCCUGCGCGUCCACUACGUGGGCAAGCUCGCCGCCGACGAGAAGGUCGUCGACACGUCCUUCAAGACGGGCUCCGUGCCCCAGAAGGUCAUCCUCGGGUCCAAGUCGAUGGCGAACUUCCCCGCGUGCUGGGAGCCGGGCCUCCAGGGCAUCUGCAAGGGCGAGCGCAGGAUCGUCGGCUGCCCCGCGGCCAUGGCCUUCGGCCGCGAGGGCAACCCGCCCUUCGUCCCGCCCCACGCCGACCUCUACUACUCGUUCUCCCUCGAGGACCUC